AUGGCGGGAGCAGCAGCGUCCCCCGCUGCCCUUCAGGCGGGGAGCGGAGGCUGCGGGGGGGAACUCGGGGAAAGCGACGACAGCGGUCCGAGCGGCCUCCCCGAGGGGCCCCGCAAUUCCGAGGCCGAGCGCCGGACCUUCCGCAGCUGCUGCCCCCGAGAGGCCGAGGGGCCCCGGGCGCUCUGCAGCCGCCUGCACCAGCUGUGCCGUGAGUGGCUGCGGCCCGAGCGGAGCGGCAAAGCCGAGAUGGUGGACCGGGUGGUGCUGGAGCAGCUGCUGGCCCUCCUGCCCCCGGAUCUGGCGGGCUGGCUGCGGGAGUGCGGGGCGGAGAGCUGCGCCCAGGCUGUGGCCCUGGCAGAGGGCUUCCUGCUCGGCCCGACCUCCACCCAGGAACUCGGGAAGGAGCGGCAGAUACAGAUUGUGAAGUAUUUCACAAAAAUGGCAGGCGAUUAUCAAGAAAUAAUGGCCAUCCACAGAGCAGGAGUUCUCAAGUUCUCUUAUAUUGACUUGAGUUUGAAAAGUACAAUUGGAGAGAAAAAGGACAAAGAUCCCUUUGAGGAGGUCGCUGUGGACUUCACAGAGGGGGAGUGGUCGCUGCUGGAUUCUGCCCAGAAGGCCUUGUGCAUGGAAGUCAUGCUGGAGGUUUCUAGGGAUGUGGCCGCUCUGGGUGAUGGUGAUGGGCUGGAGAAUGAGAAUGACAAGCAGCUGAUGUCAUUGACAUUACAAAGUGCAAUGUCUGCAAAGAACCAUUCCAUAUCUUUUACUUCAUCUAAAAUACUACAUAGGAAAUUCACUGAGAGCACUGAUAUUACUUCCCUUCAAAGGAUUCACAAAGGGGACAAACCAUAUAAAUGCCUGGAGUGUGGAGAAAGCUUUCAUGGAAACAUAGAUCUUAUUUGUCAUGAAAGGAUCCACACUGGGGAGAGACCAUAUAAAUGUAUACAAUGUGGAAAUGCGUUUACUCAGAAAAGUGAAUGUGGAAAGAGCUUCACUCAGAAAAGACAACUUAAUGUUCAUGUUAGAAUCCACACAGGGCAGAGAUCGUAUAAAUAUUUGGAGUGUGGAAAAAGCUUUGAUGGAAACAAAGAUCUUAUUUGUCACGAAAGGAUCCACACUGGGGAGAGACCAUAUAAAUGUAUACCAUGUGGAAAUGCGUUUACUAAGAAAAGUGGUCUUAUUAGUCAUGAAAGAAUCCAUACAGGAGAAAAACCAUUUCCAUGUACAGAAUGUGGAAAGAGCUUCGCUCAGAAAGGACAACUUAAAUUUCAUCAGACAAUCCAUACAGGAGAGAAACCAUUUCAAUGUACAGAAUGUGGAAAGAGUUUUGCUCACAAAAGCCAACUUAAAAUUCAUCAGACAAUCCAUUCAGGGGAGAAACCAUUUCAAUGUACAGAAUGUGGAAAGAGCUUUGCUCGGAAAUGCCGACUUAAAUUUCAUCAGACAAUCCAUUCAGGGGAAAAACAAUUUCAAUGUACAGAAUGUGGAAAGAGCUUUGCUCAGAAAAGCCAGCUUAAAAUUCAUCAGACAAUCCAUUCAGGGGAGAAACCAUUUCAAUGUACAGAAUGUGGAAAGAGCUUUGCUCAGAAAAGACAACUUAAAGUUCAUGUUACAAUCCACACAGGACAGAUAUUGUAUAAAUGCUUGGAGUGUGGAAAAAGCUUUCAUUGGAACAGCGAUCUUAUUUGUCACCAAAAGAGGCACACGCAGGAUAGACCGUAUAAAUGCAUGGAGUGUGGAAAAAGCUUUCAUUGGAACAGCGAUCUUAUUUGUCACGAAAGGAUCCACACUGGGGAGAGACCAUACAAGUGCAUGGAGUGUGGAAAGCAAUUUACUCGGAAAAUUUAUCUUAUUAAUCAUGAAAGAAUCCAUACAGGGGAGACACCCUAUAAAUGCACAGAAUGUGGAAAAAGCUUUGCUCAAACAGCACAACUUAAUGCUCAUAAAAGAAUCCACAGAGAAUAGAGACCGUAUAAAUUCUUUAACAAUCACAU